AUAUAACCAGAACCUGCAGGCAGCAGAGCAACUGUGAGGGGAAAAAAAGUCCGAUAAAGUCGCUUGCUAAGAAACUCACCUGUGACACCUUCGCAAUGACAAGAGGGCCCGGCGACAGGGGCCCACGUAGACACCACAGGACGUUUGGCUUGUAAUCCAUCCACUGCAGAGUGAUGGUUCUGGGCGUUCGUGUGGAUUUACCUGAGCUGCUGUGACCGAUCGGAGAGCCAGUUCCUCAUCAGCGAUCGUUGCAUGAACCUGAGAAAGAAGAGGCCGCGAUGAGUCGGAGAACGCGACGCUGGAUUUUAAGAGUUUUACUAUGUCUGGGGAUCGUCUAUCUGAAAAUCGGUGGCUUCUCCUCGGUGGUGGCCCUGGGUGCGAGUAUAAUCUGUAACAAGAUCCCUGGAUUGGCUCCUAGACAGCGGAUAAUCUGCCAGAGUCGCCCCGAUGCCAUUAUCGUCAUCGGAGAAGGAGCGCAAAUGGGCAUCAACGAGUGUCAGUUCCAGUUUAAAAACGGCCGCUGGAACUGCUCUGCGCUGGGAGAGAGGACAGUCUUCGGAAAAGAGUUGAAAGUGGGAAGUAAAGAGGCGGCGUUCACGUACGCCAUCAUCGCCGCAGGGGUGGCCCACGCCAUCACAGCCGCUUGCACUCAGGGAAACCUGAGCGAUUGCAGCUGUGACAAGGAGAAGCAGGGAUUCUACAGUAAAGGCCAAGGAUGGAAGUGGGGUGGAUGCUCUGCAGAUAUCAGCUACGGCCUUGGCUUCUCCAAAGUAUUUAUCGAUGCUCGGGAGGUCAAGCAGAACGCAAGGACGCUCAUGAACCUCCACAAUAAUGAAGUGGGACGAAAGGUGCUGGAGAAGAACAUGCGGCUGGAAUGCAAGUGUCAUGGCGUCUCCGGUUCCUGCACCACCAAAACCUGCUGGACUACACUUCCCAAGUUCCGCGAGCUGGGCUACAUUCUCAAGGAGAAAUAUGCCCACGCUGUGCAUGUGGAGCCAGUCAAAGCCAGCCGCAACAAGCGUCCUAAAUUCCUCAAGAUCAAGAAGCCUUACUCAUACCGAAAGCCCAUGGAUACAGACCUGGUAUACAUAGACAAGUCGCCCAACUACUGCGAGGCGGACCCCUUGACGGGGAGCCUGGGCACGCAGGGUCGGGUGUGUAACAAGUCCAUGAUACAGCACACGAGCGGCUGUGACUUGAUGUGCUGCGGUCGAGGAUACAACACACAUCAGUACUCCAGAGUGUGGCAGUGCAACUGCAAGUUUCUUUGGUGCUGUUACGUCAAGUGCAACACGUGCAGCGAGAGGACAGAGGUGUACACCUGCAAAUGAGAUUAUUUAUUCGUGUAUGGGAGAGGAUGUAUUAUUUUUAAUGGACCACCUGGAACGAAUGAGGAUCUCCUCUAAAGUGUACACAGAGAGCUCAAGAAUAUUGAAUCUUUUUGCACAAAAACCUCUUCAACUUGUCAGGGUGCUGCAACAAAACACUGGAAAAGAAAAGCAUCCUUACACGCAGGACUGGGGUACCACAGGGCAAAAAAGUGUGUCCCAACUUUAAGCUAUAUGAACUACUUCCUGUGCUUAUGGUUUGGAACACAGGUGAAUGCUCUCAUGUCCUGUGCAGCCGUUUUGGAAUAUUUAACAUAUUUAGACAACGGAAAUAAUUAAUAUUAAUUUAUUUUAUAAAACAAACUACUGAUUUUGUCUGUUAUAAUUCCAAAAUAAAAAGGGAUUUUUUUUUUUUUUUUUUUGUAAUCGAGUCGUGAACACUGUUAACACACUAGACUGCCUGAACUAAUGUGCUAUGUUGUAUAACGAUUUUGUAGCUACUUGCAUUGACCUCUGACUUGUUCAUGAGUUAGUCUUCUCUCUGUUGCUGCUAGUCUAGAGAUUUCCAUUCGUCGAGGUCGAAGACUGAACGCUCUGCUGAGCGUCUUCAAUGGCAUUGCCGACAUCAAGCUGAUUCAGCUCCACUGGUCUAAUUCACUGAUAAAAACCAUGGGCACAUUUUUUCCCCAUUUUUGGUAAAUAACGGUUUAUAGAGUAUAUUUUGUGAAAACUUAUUUUUAUAUGAAUGUCUUAUUUAUAUCUUGUGGAUAUUCAACCGAGGACCCUGAGACUUGUUUAUACCAUGUGUUGACCCUGCUGUCGCUGCCGUAGCUGUAAAGGAUGUUUUCCAGAGUUGCAUUUGUGUUUACUGUGUUUAAUGAUACUACUGAUGGAAUACAGAGCAGAAUUACACUAAGAAUGACUAUUUGUUGUGUUCAUAUAAAAAAAAAAAGAUCAUCCUGUGAGGGGAAAUACAAAGAAGAAAACAUUGAGCGCGUGAAAAAUUAGAUACACAAAUAUAUUUAAUUUAUUAC